AUGGCAGAUGAGACUCAGGGCGAGAUGGAUGAGAGCCAACUGCCGGGCCCUGGUGCCCCAACCCCGCUCUCUGCACUUGAGGGCCUUGCGGGGCUGAGCGCAAGAGAUAUCAAAUUGUUUGUGGAUGCUGGAUACCACACCGUUGAGGCAGUGGCAUACACACCGAAGCGAUUGCUGGAGCAGAUUAAGGGAAUUUCGGAGCAGAAGGCGACCAAGAUCUUAGUGGAGGCUGCGAAACUAGUUCCUAUGGGUUUUACGACGGCGACCGAGAUGCAUGCACGACGAAGUGAGCUCAUAUCCAUUACAACAGGAUCCAAGCGUCUCGACACCCUGCUGGGUGGUGGUGUGGAGACAGGUUCAAUUACCGAGAUUUUUGGAGAAUUCCGAACGGGAAAGAGUCAGAUCUGUCACACACUCGCGGUCACCUGUCAGUUGCCCUUUGAUAUGGGUGGAGGCGAAGGUAAAUGUCUCUACAUUGAUACAGAGGGAACCUUCCGACCCGUCCGUCUUCUUGCUGUGGCACAGAGAUUUGGCCUUGUGGGCGAGGAAGUCCUCGAUAAUGUGGCAUAUGCUCGUGCCUAUAACUCCGACCACCAGCUGCAACUCCUCAAUCAGGCGUCCCAGAUGAUGUGCGAAACCCGAUUUUCGCUUCUUGUGGUUGACUCGGCAACCGCGUUGUACCGAACAGAUUUCAAUGGACGUGGAGAGCUGUCAUCCAGACAGACUCAUCUUGCCAAAUUCAUGCGCACGCUGCAACGCUUGGCUGACGAGUUUGGAAUUGCCGUUGUGAUCACGAAUCAGGUUGUGGCGCAAGUUGACGGUGGUCCCAGUGCCAUGUUCAAUCCCGAUCCCAAGAAACCUAUUGGAGGUAACAUUAUUGCUCAUGCCAGUACCACCCGACUCAGCUUGAAGAAGGGCCGUGGUGAGACUCGAGUAUGCAAAAUUUAUGAUAGCCCAUGUCUUCCGGAAAGUGAUUGCCUGUUUGCAAUUAACGAAGAUGGCAUUGGAGACCCCAACGAAAAGGACAUGGAGAACGAUUAA